AAUUUAUUCUUACCAAGUCUGCUUUUUGUUUACAGGAAAUACUUAGCAAGAACCUAAAGUAAAUCGUCCAAACUACAAACUGAAGGGAAAUACUUAGCAAGAAUUAAGAAAGUAAAUCGUCCAAACUACAAACAGAAGACUAAGUACACCUCUAAAGGGCUUAAUGGAUGCCAAAAAAUCAAAAAAAGGAAAAAGAAGCUCAGCCGUCUCAGGUAGAAAAAACAAGGCAGCCCCAAUCACUACUAGAGACUUCCCAAACAUCCGCUCAUUCCCACGAGUACCUCUCCAACCUCUCCAUGAAGUAUACAGAAAACAAGCAAGAUUUUACUAUUCUCUAAUAGCUACCUACGAAGCUACUUUGAAACUAUCUGAAGAAGCGAUAGCUCAAGCUAAAGCAAAGGGUGAUGAAUGCACGAUGAAAGCGGAUGAAGCAGAACAGAAAUACUUAGCAAGAACUACAAAGGAAAUCGUCCAAACUACAAACUGAAGGGAAAUACUUA